UUUCUGGAGUUUUUCCUCGAUUUUCUUCUUUUUCCCAUGCCCGCCGCUCCUCCUCUGCGCGGAGGGCGGGUGGCUCAGCCCUUCAGGGAUGGUUCAGGGCCAACAUGGCCGCCACCAUGAAGAAGGCGGCUGCGGAAGAUGUCAAUGUCACUUUUGAAGAUCAGCAGAAAAUUAACAAGUUUGCAAGAAAUACCAGCAGGAUCACAGAGCUGAAAGAAGAAAUAGAAGUGAAAAAGAAACAGCUUCAGAAUCUGGAGGAUGCCUGUGAUGACAUCAUGCUGCUGGAUGAUGCUGAUUCCCACCUGAUUCCCUACCAGAUUGGGGAUGUGUUCAUCAGUCAUUCCCUGGAGGAGACACAGGAGAUGCUGGAGGAGGCAAAGAGAAGUUUACAAGAGGAAAUCGAAGCAUUGGAAUCCCGAGUGGAGUCGAUCCAGGGGGUGUUGUCUGACCUCAAAGUUCAGCUCUAUGCAAAGUUUGGAAAUAACAUAAAUCUGGAGGCUGAGGACAGUUAAAGCUUUUCUAAACACAACACCCAACUUUUCCUUAGGUUAUUAAAUGUUUUGAUAACAGUGCUGCAAUUACAUUUGAGAAAAGAAAAUCUGUCCCAUUCUUUUUGUUGGUUUAUUUUUUUUUUACUUUCCUGUAAAGUUCUGUAUAUUUAAUGAGAACUUCCUUAUUUUGGUUAUUGCAGUUAUUUAUUUAUUCAGGAAAACAACAGACUUCAGAUUGGAAUAUUUGCAUUGUUUGUUAAGGCAAUAAAGCCAGGCAUGUAUUGGA